AUGUCAGCGAGGCCCAAACGGAAAGCCGCCGAAGCCGCCAUUGCCAAACUCACCACGUCUCAGGACCAAAAACCGAAACGUCAACGGACCACGACGACAUUCAAACCAGUGACUUCUUCGCCAGCGCCUGUAACAUCACCUUCACCAGCACCCCAGGACCGCACGGCUCAGAAGUCGAAGUUGAAGCAAAAGAAGAAGCCCCCGGCGAAAGCAAAGGUCACUGCAGCCGAUGAGGAACCAUCCAACGCGUUAGCAGCUUCAUCCACAGGACCCCAAUACUGGCUUAUAAAAGCAGAACCAGAGACCAGGAUUGAAAACGGGGUAGACGUCAAAUUCAGCAUCGACGACCUGCGCGAGAAGAAGAUAUCGCAAUGGGACGGCGUCAGGAACUUCGAAGCACGGAAUAUCAUGCGCGAUAAGAUGAAAAUCGGCGAUCUGUGCUUCUUCUAUCACUCGAAUUGCAAACUGCCGGGGAUCGCUGGCAUCGCUGAGGUCGUUAGGGAGGGCUAUCCCGAUUACACGGCUUUCGACCCUAAGCACCCGUAUUUUGACCCGAAAUCGGACACGGAUAACCCGAAAUGGAUGAUGGUGGAUGUUCGCUUUGUGCGGAAGUUGCGACGUUUCAUCAGUCUCAAGGAGUUGCAGCACGAUGGAGACGUUACAGAGGGAAAAGUGCCCGCGGUGGCCUUGAAGGACAUGUUUCUCCUCCGUCGCGGCAGGCUCUCGGUGCAGCCAGUUCGUCCGGUGGAGUGGGACUAUAUUCUGAGCCUGGAGGGAGACGAAGAGGGCAGUGUUGAGACAUAG